AUGAACGUGUCAAUGAAGGCGGGCCCAGCGCCGACGGUGGCGGUGGUAGCGGUGCCGGAGAGCGAGAUGGACGCGCUACUGCUCGGCAGGACAGCGGUGAGGACCUUUGAUCAGUACGUCCGAAAUAAAACUCACCGCUUCGGGAAAUCAUAUCAUACUCGUAUAUAUCGAAUUGCAGAUUGCAUAUGCCGGGGGGACAGGGAUCCCGAAAGCAAUGAAGAUUUCUGUUCAAUUUAUUGCAAAUUACCAAGGUUCGACUGGUACUGGGGCAAUGUCACUCGCUCCGAAGUGGAAUAUCUCCUCUUGAAAUACCCAGGCAACUUCAUAAUCCGAGCGUGUAGUGAUACUGAUCAUAUACUCUGCGUGUCUUUUCGUCUAGACCCCAAUUCUUCAGUCAAAGGCACAACCAGCAGUUUUUCUCAUAUGAAAUUGAAGCACUAUAAAGGAAAGUUUUCCUUAGAUAAGAAAGAAUAUGUGCCAGUUGAGAAGAUACCAGAACAUUGCGAAAAAGUAGGCAAAGAGACGAAAAUUUUCAAUGCUACUGUGUUAAAACAAGAUGAGAGUACGGUACUUGAAAUGGCGAAGGUAUUUUGUAAGCAACGACGAGAGUCAUGAAUUUUAAAUUUAAAUAGGUACAUAGUAAUUUGAUAGAUCUCAAUACGAGUAGGUU